CCGAAGCGAGUGCGUGAUUGACUGCUGCUCGUUUUCCUUCUCUCUUCAGUGUCUCUCUCCCUCCCUCUCUCUUUUUCUCGACGCUAAAACCCUCUACCGCUUUCCAUCUAACUUUUCCCCAUCCUUGAUCUAAUGCUCGAGGUAGAGUGGAUUUUCUCUUGCUGUUUUUCCUCUCUCUGUAAAGGCGACGAGCGCAUAAAUCCUGAUCGCAAAGCGGAUGGGAGUUAUAUGCGCGAUACCCAGUGCCCAACGCGGCUGGUGCGGACUGGUGUUUUCGAUGUAGGAAUGGUUCUAUUUUAGUUUUAAUUAUUUUUCUUCCCAACCCCCAUUACCCCCAUCAGUACUUCUUAUCGGAAUAUGCCGUAUUCGUGCGGAAAGUUCGCUUCCUAUAUUUGCCAUCAUCCUUCCCAGCAGCAGCAGCAGUGCUACAACGCGUCACCAAAUCGGUAGGGAAAAAGAAGAAUUUAUAAAUGUACGACAGGACUGAAUUCAAAGACGAUCAAACCAAAGCAAGAAGAAAUCGUGGCGGGUUUUCGAAACUAUAGCACCUCGGAAUUCUGUAAUGCACGCAAAUGUGCAUACAGAUCGGGCCGGGGGCGGCGGAGGAUCGUGGCGCCUGCCGCCAGAUGAAACAUUGCAGGUGGCCGAUCCGAAACAGAAGGAAGAACAGGAUUUAUUUCCUGCCGAAGGACACAAUUGGAGAAGCAUUGUGUUUUCGCUGCUAGUGAUAGGAUUUGUCAUAACCGGUAUAAUAACGGCGAUAUAUCUGCUUGGCUAUGUUGACGAACUACUCUACUGGUCGGGUAGGCGGAUGAAGUUAGACGAGUUUCUGCAGAAAGAUAUAACUCCUCAGAGGCUACCUUCGGUGUGGAUCAACAAUCAGAAAUUUGUAUUCCAGGCGGAUGAUGGAGGCCUUGCUGUUUUCGACACUGCCACCAACAGUGUAGCCACGCUAGUAACAAAUCAUACUUUGAGACAAAUUAACGUUAAAGGCUACCACUGUUCUCAUGAUUUGAAGUACGUUUUGUUUAAGCACAAUGUAAAGAAGCAUCAUAGGUUAUCUUUCACGGCUUUGUAUACUGUGUAUGACGUAUCGAAUGACCAUCAUAUGCCGGUACGAUUGAAAGAAUCCCCCAAGGUUCAACGUGCCCGCCUUCAGCAUGCGUCCUGGGCCGGCAAUACUACCGCUAUGAUAAUAGUGGCCGAGAACGAUAUAUACUUGAGACAAUCACCAUCAGACGAAGAGGUUUAUCGCUUAACUUUCACUGGAGAAGAGAACAGAGUCUAUAAUGGUGUACCUGACUGGUUAUAUCAAGAGGAGAUUUUUGAGUCUUUUAGUGCUUUAUGGACCUCAGUAGAUGGCACGCACCUCAUGUACGCCACGUUUAACGACUCGCGAGUUGGCAUGAUGACCUUUCCUUGGUUCACGUCGAACACCGUCAUUGCGGCAAGUGGCGAAGGCAACCGUGAGCUUUUCCCCGUGUCGAAAACUAUACGCUACCCAACACCGGGCUCGGUCAAUCCAGAUGUAUCGCUGUGGGUGAUGGAUAUAAGUAAUGUAAGCAAUAUACGAAAAUGGGAAGUAAUCCGUCCAGCUGCUCUCGAAGGACAAGAACACUAUCUUAUAUCAGCCAGCUGGGUAGGCAACGUGAACGAACACGUGUCGGUGGUAUGGAUGACACGGUCGCAGAACAUUACAGUCGUUUCAUCCUGCUACACACCCACGUGGAGAUGUGCCGAGCAUCAUUCGGAGCGGGCACCGGAAAACGAAUGGCUGGAUAUAUUACCUCAUCCGAUAUUCUCACCCGAUGGGGACAGCUUUUUGUUUAUGGCGGGUAUUCAGGAGACGGGUACGGAACAUUUCACCCACAUCAAGCACAUCACAAUCACACAGCAGCGAAUGGCUGUGAUUUCCCACGGUCGCUAUGAGGUGAUCCGCAUUCUUGCCUGGGAUACGUUUAACCAUCUGGUGUAUUAUUUGGGCACACACGAGAAGAAACCCGGCCAACAACAUCUGUACGUGGUGAAGGAUCCUGUCAGUGAGGAAGUGCGAAGAACGGAACCAACCUGCAUAACGUGCGAUCUGAGUGAUGUACUGUGGGGUAGCCGAUACUAUUACAGCAACUGUUCGUACUUCGAUGCAUUCGUCAGCUCUCAGCCGUACGUAUCGCACCACGUCGGGAUAUCCUACUACAUACUCGAAUGUAAAGGACCAGGUCUUCCGCUAGCUGUGGUACACGCCGCCCAUAAUCACAAACUGAUGCGCGUCCUGUACGAUACGAGACCGUUCUUUGCGAGCAAGCUGCAAGAGUUGGCAUUACCGUCGCAACGGUCAUUCGAGAUUCCGCUACCGCAUGGAACGAGAGCCGCAGUUCAGCUGCUAUUGCCACCGAGCUGGCGAGAAGAGCUACGGGAUGCUGCAUUUCCAGUGCUAGUGGAGGUGAAUGGUAAGCCCGGUUCGACGUCCGUGUCGGAAGAGUUCAAAAUCGAUUGGGGUACGUACAUGUCCAGCCACAACGACGUAGUGUACAUACGGUUGGAUGUGCGUGGUGCUCGAGGACAAGGUAAACAAGCGCUGUACCGGCAUCUUGGAGGUGUUGAGGUACAGGAUCAAAUCGCCGUGCUACGGUAUCUCUUGGACACGCUAAAAUUCCUUGAUGAAACCCGUGUCGGUGUUUGGGGAUGGGGUUACGGCGGAUAUGUCACAGCGAUGAUUCUCGGUUCACAGCAACACGUCUUCAAAUGUGGCAUCUCGGUAUCGCCCAUUACUGACUGGUUGUACUACAAUUCCAUAUUUACCGAGCGCAUUCUCGGUGUGCCGGCUGAAAACUAUAAAGCGUACGUCGAGGCGGACGCAACACAAAAAGGGCGCCAAAUUCCGUCAUAUUCGUACUUCCUUAUUCACGGCCUAGCCGAUGUUACUGCACCGUACCAGCACGGUAUCCAGCUGGCCCGUUCCCUAUCCGAGUCCGGGACGAUAUUUCGAUAUCUGAGCUACGCCGACGAGGGUCACGAUCUUACCGGCGUAAUUGAGCACGUGUACCGUUCGAUGGAAGACUUCCUGCGGAACUGUCUGUCGCUCGAUUCCGACGAAGACAAACCGAGCGAAUCUAACGUACCGAAUGAGUAAAGAUAGACAGAGAGAAAGCAAACAAGAGAACAGAAACAUUAAAAAAAACCCCGGGCGAAAACUUAAUAUAAAUGUUGUGUGAGACUUGUUUACAAUCUGCGUUAGGUAACGAAAUUGUUGUGUUUGUGUUGUAUAGUUUAGUUGUACGCGCUAGCCGAAUUUUGCAAACCAAAUGAAAAAAAACAAGGAAAACUUUAUUGCUAACUACGACUUCGAUUGCCGUGUCUCUCACCACAUUAUAGAUGGACGUACAGUAACUGAUAGGUUCUAAAUACAUAGACAUAUCAGAGAAAUAUGGUAAAAUAGUCAACAAACGAGCAAAAAGCAUACAAGAAAUCACGAUUACACUGAAGCCGCCCGUAACCCGGCAGAGUACAUCACAGGCAUGGUCAAUAAGUCAAAACAGAGUCAAAAAAAAAAACGGCAAAGUAAUAAUACGGUGGUCACGGAAUACUCUAUUUUAUAGGUGUAUGCGUAGCUGCGCAUCGAAUGCGCAACCGUUGUGAAAACAUCUAAGUAAAAGCAAAAGGCAAUCGAAGCGGAAUGAUACUACUGUUGGAAGUAUACCCGUAUAAGGAGCUUUCGGAAAAAAAAGGACAAUGAAUGGACGCGCAACACGCGUAUUUUGCAAUUACAAAAAGACAUACAAAACAUACAUACAAGACAGAAAAGAUAUAAACUGAAACUAAAGUCAUCCAAUGGCAAACUGGGUAUAUGCAGGAAGGUUAAAUACAUAGGAAGAAAACAGAAGAAAAACGUGAACAAGUAAGGAAAACGGAAAAGCAAAGCAAGACAAGCAAAAAACAAAAAUCAAAUGAAUUGAUUAACGAAAACUGAAACAGUCCUAUACUUACAAUAACGAAACUGAUGAGUGAGUUUUUUCGUCUCCUUUAACCGUCUAUUUAAGUGUAAUGGGUAGCAAAAUCAAACAACAAAACAAUGAAAAUCGAAAACUAAAACAGCGAAUCAAAAAAAAAAAAACCACAUGGCACCACCAGAAUGCAAAACAGCAAAAAAUGCAAAACAAUACAACAAAUACCACUUAACUUUACAUAGCUCUAGUGUGCGCGCAAACGCGCCAACUGUAUCUACAGUGAUGCCUAGGAUUUAGUUGCAAUUUAUUCUCGCUAAGUAUAAAAGUAAUAACACUUAACAAAACAGCCGCCAACGAGCAAAACAAAAACAAAAAGUGAAGAUUUAUCGUUUAGGUUAACAUGCGGCAUCCAAUGUGCAGCAAACUCACUUACAUGUGGAAUCACAGUCUCAGAGUACGCAAAACAAGGAAAACCCAAAACUCAUAGCAAGACCUUCUUCCAGAUUGUUAUUUCCGCUUAUUAGCAUGUGUAAGCGACAUUGUGGCCGGGCAGAAGCGGAUAGCCCGCAUUCAAACAACUGCAAUUAUAAGAACUCAGAUGGUUAGAACAAGCAACGUGUAACACGCAACAAUAUGUAACAAAUGUACCGCAAACGUACACAAUUAGUGGUGUGUGUGGAUGGGUCCCCGUAGGUGUGCGUUUUGUUGUGAAACGGAUGUACGUCCCUGUUGUGGGCAAGAGCAAAAAAGAAAAAAGAAAAUAAUAACGCACUAGGCAAAACUGUAGAGAGCGAAUGCGGGAAGCAAAGCGAGCACAGCAGCAGUGCAACAAAAAUCGAGGAAUUUUCAUAGUUAUUUCACGUCAUAGUUGUUAGAAUUACAGAAGAGCAAUCCAGCAGUAAAACAAUGAAAUUAAAACAGAAGAUAACAACGUUAAAUAAGCAAUUAUGUCGAAAUGGGAGGAAGAGAGAGAGAGAGAGAGAGUAAAAUGCAUAAUGUGUAAAUGCAGCCGUGUAAACAAACGCAAAAAGCAACAAGUGCGUUUGUGUGAGGAACUACGAGAAAAUCUCCAAAACCGCGCUACGUGCAAUUCCACGCAACGCAAAAGGGUGCAAAAUUGUGCAGCUUACACACGUGUAAAAUAUAUUCAUCGAAACGACUUCUUCUAGUGCAGCAAAAGUCAUAACUGUUUUCGUCCACGGUGCAAAAGAAGCAAAAGAAAAUGCAAGGCGGCAAGAAACAACACACAAAAACAAACCGAUAUUUAAACACGGAACGCUCUCUCUUGGGCCUGAAAUUGUAUGGUAGUUUAGGGUGGCGAUUACUGCAAAAUCGAUUCGUUCUGUGUGGCGCCAAAGCCAACGUUUACUGUGGCUCCUGGUCAAAUUCUACGCGUCCUUUUGGUUUUGUGCUAGUACGGUCCUGUAGCAGGGUUUGGUUUAGUUUGUUGGCUGGCGUUAACUGCCAAAAAGUUAGUGAAUGAAAUAGCUCAAGUCGCAAAAAGUCUUCACAAAAGUGUGUGCAACAAAUUCUUCCUCGGUGCUUUCCAUUUGAAUCGUUAAAUUUUACAAAAUGGUCCCAAAAUUUGAAACUGAAAAACAUUUUACGUUUCACACCAUGAAUUAUUCUUAUGCGUCUUCCUUUUGUGUGUAUGUUUUUUUUUUAAAUGUUUUUGUUGGGGAAGUUAUGCUCGAUUGGAAAUAGCUUAAUCGUUAGUUUAAUUCACACUGAACGGCAAUCCAACAGUACGAUCACGAAGGUAGAGGGUAGAAACGCUUCUCGAUAUACUAAUAAAUGGUGUGAUUAAAAUUUCCAAACACACACACACACAAAUACACAUACACAAUAAUGAAAACAGUAACAUCACAAGCGAAUAAGUAGACAUAAACGAUAGGAUGAAUGAAGGUGCACAUACAUACAAAACGCAGACUAAAAACAAAUAGGAAAUGAAAAUAAUUGUUGUGCCAUUCUAUUGUAAAACAUGAGUUACACAAAGCUAGACGUUUAAACACGUCAGUCACAAAAAACACACUUUAAAUCGAAACACCGAAAUGAGAAGAAACAAAACGAAAUACAACUCGAUAUUACAAAGCAAAAAAGAGAGAGAGA